AUGUGGUGUCAUGGGGUUCCUGAACCAACGGGGGAAAGAAAAAAAACGCACGACGACCUCGCCUUCCAUCACCACCUCCAGCGCUCCACCUCCAGCGCGCCGCCGCAUCGACGCGCAGCCGCCUGCCGCCAACGCCCCUCCGCCGUGCGCCUUCCCCACCGCUAUGGCUUUCCACCACCGGCGACACUCGAUGUUGGCGCCACACCUUCCCCCAUCCCCUCUCUCUCGCCACGACCCGACGUCGUCGUCCUCCACCACCAGCCCAGCCCUUGCGUCUUCCUCUUAAAGCGACGCUACCCACCCUCCCUCCUCUCUUUGGCCGACGUCCCGUGCUCCGGCAACGGCAAAAAACAGUUCCAAACCGUCUGCCUCGCCUCUCAAUCACAGGUGAGCCGACGGGAGUCGGUUCCUCUCCUCCCCAAUGCUCUUCUUCACCUGGCCAGAGCACCUGCUCCUCCCAUCACGCGCAGAUCGACGGAGCAGUUCGAUGGUCGUUGCCCAGCUGCGUGCAGUUCAGUACUCCUCUGCCCCAUCGACUUCAACCACCAUCUCGCCAGACAAAUGAGCUUGUUUAAGGAAUUCAAGUAUGGACGUGGAGCAGCAGAUGGAUGGAUGUUAGCCAACACAAAAGUUGCACACGGCAGGUCUGAGAUCUUCCACUUGCUACUCGCUCUUGUCAAGACAUUAGGUGAUUAUAAGGCUGUCAUGGGUGAAGUGUUGGGGAAGCAUAACAAGGCUCUGGAGCAUCAAGUUCUUCCAAUUACUUCUGCAGAUGCCAAAGUAGUUCAGCCAGUUGCCCAAAAUAAGCAAGUCUACCUUAAGCAAGGCCAUUGUCCAUCUCCAGAGAAGCGCAAGGCCAUUGUCCAUCUCCAGAGAAGCGCAAGGCCAAUAGCCCACUAGAUAAGGCUAUCGAGGAGCCGUCUGAAAUAGAUGUACUUACUGCGUUAUUUGAAAUGAAUGGAUAUCUUGUUGACACAGUUUUAGGAUAAAAUAAAAUAGAUUAAGUGAUGGGUGUCAGGCUCUAUGGUGUGUUUGACUACAACACUACUGAUGUCGCACAAUCUGCCGGGGAUGAAGUGGCAGAUGCCAUCGCAAGUGUUUGCACAUGAUGCAGUAAUAGACAAAGCAUAUCAAGGUGCAGUGUCCUAGGCUCCUAGGUGUUCAAAGGUUCAUGCAUAUCCAAGUGUUCUUGACCCAUGAAGUAGCAGACUAGCAGCCACGUACAUGUUCACUCUGCAUGGAGAUUCAGUAUGCAUAUAUCAAGAAAAUAUAUCAGACAGUGUUAUUCCCAUUUUCUGGCAACAAGCAGAGUGACUGCUAAGCUCUUCAGCAUGUCCGCAGUCAAUCUGGUAGCAAAAGCAGUUGCAAAGGAAAGUUGACUACACUGACAAAAAAAUAGAUGUUUGCUUUAUUCUAUUAUGCAGAACUAUACUACAUUAUAUCUUUAGACUGGGACACUGAUGUAUAGACCAUCAUUUUUUAGUACUUAGAAGGGGUUCAUGGCAAAAGAUAAAUUUCAGAUGUACAUGGUAUAACUUUCACCUUUGAGGUUCUUCAGGACAUGUUCUAUUUGAUGUUCUUCAGGAGAGGUUCAAGAUUACAUUCAAGGAGAGAAUGUAGCCAUAGUGACAUUCAUGAAGUGAAGCAACUGCCAGCAUUGUAGGAGAGGUGUAGUCGGGGCUGUCAUACCAUGUAAAUCAGUGAGCUACUCUUUGUAGAGUUGCUACGAAAUUUAUGUUAAUUUCCUGCGGAUGAAUAAGUUCCUAAUAUUGUUUUAAUGAAUUUCUAUUUCGUGU